GGUGUUCCAAACUUGACAUUUACAUGUAUAUAUAACCCAAUGCUAUGCAAUGCAAGGAGCUCCCAGCUAGCAAGAUGACAGAUAUCACCAUCUGCACCUCCUCACCGCCAUCACCAGAUGGACCGGCGACGCUUGAACAAGCUGCGUCCAUCGAAGAUGAAGACCCAGAGUUAUUGUACGAGCUGAAAGAGCAGCUUCUGCUGCUGACCACUCUGGUGGCGACGGUGACGUACGUCACCGGGCUCAACCUACCCGGCGGAGCCUGGCAGACGCAGCAGGCGGACGGGCACCUCGCCGGCGACCCCAUCCUCCGGGACAUCCACUACCGCCGGUACCUCGCCUUCUACUACUGCAACGGCACCGCUCUCGCCUCGUCGGUCGUGGUCUGCCUCAUCCUCGUCAUGCUGCAGAGGAAGAGACCCGUCUGGACGCUGGUUCUGCGGGUGGUCAUGGUGCUCGACCUACUUGGCCUCAUGGGUUCCUACGCAGCUGGGACCUGCCAUGACACCUUCGCCACCAUCUGGGCCGUGGCGCUGGCUUGCCCCGUCUUGGCCUAUAUCACGUUUGCUUUCGUCACCAGCCACCGACCCCGCGGCGACGCCAGUACCACCACCAGAGCCACAGCCACAGGCCGGCAUGAAGAGAAGGAGAAGAUCGAGGUGCUGAUGCUGCUGGCGACCUUCGCCGUCACCAUCUCAUACGCCGCCGGGCUGAACCCACCAGGCGGCUUCUGGACCAGCACCCUGCAGAAGGAUGCCCGCCUUCUUCACCUCGCCGGCGACCCGAUCAUGGAAGAUAGCGCGCUCCGGAGGUACCGGGCCUUCUUCGUCUGCAACACGACGGCGUUCGUCGCCUCCUUGUUCAUCAUCCCGCUCCUCCUGGACAAGAAAUUGAGCAGCAAAAUCUCAGCGAGGUUUCUGGCGGUCUACGGCUUCAUCGCCGUGGCCCUCCUGGGCCUCAUGGGGGCCUAUGCUGCUGGAAGCUGCAGGAAAACUGACAGUACCGUCAAGGUCAUCUUCUUGGCUGCUGCGGUUCCGGCUUGCGUAGGCCUUCAGCUGGCACUUAGUUAUGCCUUCAAUGUGAAACCAAUCAAGGUCAUGCGUGCUUCGUUCUCCGGAUGGUUGCACUACUUAAGAGGCACUGGCGGUCCUGCAGGUGCAGGUAUACAAACUCUACAUGCUUAUGUGUUGAUUUUUUGUUGUUGUGAUGAGGAAUUGGGGAUAAGAUGCUUAUCUUUAUGUCAAGAUGCCAGUGCACUUGAGGACCCAGACCUGAAAAACACUCGCUAUUUUGUUAUGGUACUUGCUAGCUUCGCGGUGAGCAUCACUUACCAAGCAGGACUGGAUCCACCAGGCGGGCUAUGGCAAGACAAACUGGAUGGCCAUAAGAUUGGCCAGCCAGUGCUACGAACGACACACCCUACUCGUUACCAGGUGUUCUUCUACAGCAACUCAGCAGCUUUCGUGACAUCUCUGGUGGUUGUCAUGAUGGUCCAGAGCAAGUUUCUACUCAAGCGCCGCACGUUGGUGGCAGCCAUGGUGUUGGACCUGCUCGGCCUCGUCAUCGCCUAUGCUGCUGGGUGCACCAGGGAUACCAGCACAUCCAUCUAUGUUGUCGCGGUGGCUUGCCUUGUCCUCUCCUACGCCGUCGUCCAUAUCUCGUUAGGAGGAGAGAGGGAGAACAUGGUUACUAGACCUGAUCAUGAUCCUGAUCCUGCUAUGGUUGCUCCUGAUCCUGCUCUGGUUGCUCCUGAUCCUGCUAUGGUUGCUCCUGUUCCUGCUACUCCUGCUCCUGCUCUUCCUGUAGUAGGAGGAGGACAACGCCAGCCGCGGCGAACACCACGAAGCAAGGAGCAGCUAGAUGACAAGCGCCAGGUGUUGUUGUUAAUCGCCAUCUUAGCGGCAGCACUUACCUACCAAGCCGGGCUCACCCCGCCGGGUGGCUUCUGGCAAGUGGACGAUGAGAAGCUUGGACACCGCGCGGGCUACCCGGUCCUCCUCGACAACUACCCGCGUCGCUACAAGGCCUUCUUCUACUGCAACGCGGCGAGCUUCAUGUCGUCGGUGGCUCUCAUCCUCCUCCUCGUCAACCGCAAGCUGUACAGGCCGGGAAUACGGUGCUACGCGCUCCACGUGUGCAUGGCGGUGGGCAUGUUCGCGCUCAUGGGAGCCUAUGCUGCCGGGAGCUCACGGCAUCUCAAGACCUCCAUCUAUGUGUUGACGCUGGUGGCGGUGGUGUCGGCCUCCAUACCCCUACAGGUAGCCAUCUUCUGGUACUUCGGCAACUGCAUGGACAACCGUCACGAUCAACCUAGAAUAAGACGACGACGAGCACGUGGACAAGAUGACCCUGAUAAAGAGAAAGACGAGGAACUUGAGUACCUGAUGCUGCUGGCAGUCCUGGCUGCGAGUGUGACGUACCAGAACGGCCUGAGGCCAGCGGGCGGCAUGUGGCAGGAGGACAGUGGCGCCUACACCGCCGGCAACCCCAUCCUCCGCGACAUCAACAAGCGCCGGUACGACAUCUUCCUGUACAGCAACUCCACUUCUUUCAUGGCGUCCGUCGUCGCCAUCGUCAUGCUGCUGCCAUUGACGCUGAGCGACGACGUCAGAUGGCUACAACGUUGCUUGCCGUUCCACAGGGUGGACCUCAAGUGGUCGCUCUGGCCGGUCCACACGGCCAUUUUGCUGGACAUGCUCGGCCUACUUGUGGCCUACGCGGCAGGAGGUACCAGGAAGUGGGGGUCGUCCAGAAAUGUGAUAUUAAUCGUCCUCCCCGUCCUAGCCUACAUCGCGCUCUACGCAAUGGCGGCGGCGAUAUACAUAUACAUCCGCCGCAGAUCCUCCCAGUCAUCGAGCAGGCAAGCAGGGCAACAAGCCGAGUCUUCCUCUUAGAUAUCUUAUGUAUUACCCCUUCCAUUUCAAUUUAAAGUUCUAGGUUUAUCCUAAGUCAAACUUCUUCAGGUUUU